AUGGAAACGCCGAUGGUUGCAGGUGCUGCAGUAGCUGCAGCUGCUAUAGCUGGUAGAUAUGGUAUACUCGCUUGGCAAGCCUUCAAGGCUAGGCCACCCGUUGCUAGAAUGCGCAGGUUUUAUGAAGGUGGUUUCCAAACUGCCAUGACCCGGCGUGAAGCUGCUCUUAUUCUUGGUGUUAGGGAGAGGGUUGUGGCGGAGAAGGUGAAAGAAGCUCACAGGAGAGUGAUGGUUGCAAACCACCCUGACGCUGGAGGUAGUCACUAUCUCGCUUCCAAGAUCAAUGAAGCCAAAGAUAUUUUGCUUGGCAAAUCCAGUAACUCCGGUUCUGCUUUUUGA